AUUUGUCCAACCAAAAAAAAAAAAACAAAGUAAACAGCAGGUUGGUUGGUUAAGUCUCCACCCUUACCCAGGAAAUAGCUUCAAUAAAGUCACAUGAGUUGUUGCUGCAGCAUCUAUGAUGGGAAACAGGAGCUCGGUGCAGACAAGGCCUUUAUGCCCCAGCAGGUGCAAUCUAGCAAACCAAAAACACGUGCGCAAACUCCUCCUUGUCCAAAACACGAGUCAAUCAUAGCAACCAGCUCCAUCGGUUUCAGCUCCUACUAAUAUGGAACAGGUCAUUAGAUAGCUGAUGAUCGAUUCGGGGAUCUAAGACGCUGCUACAACAUGAGCACAGGGCCAAGGACCCAAGCUACCUUUAUCCAAGGAAGCCAGAGCACAGCGGAUCAAGAUGUCUCCCACUCUGCACUCUUCUACCUUUUCCAAGAAGUUUCCAGGCUAGCAUCUCCUGUCCACCACAGUUUCACAGAUACAAAUUCACCCUCCAAAUGGCGUAAUGACACAUCUAGGCAAGAUAGUUUCAUUGUUAAAAAGGAGAAAGAAGAUGCACAUUUGUUUCAAGCCUUUAAUAGUUCCUGCCAGCACAGUUUGUCUGGUGCACUGCCUUAUAAUCAGGUGAACAAAGUGAGGGAGGAAAGUCACUGCAGCAAAGUAACAACAUUGGUUGAGCCACAUCAUGAAUGUAACAGCCCCUGGAAAGUGCUGAGUCUGAUCAACCUGCAGUGUGAGAGGCUUCUGCAUCGAAGAGAUGUAGAAGAGUCAGAGCCAAGUUCAAUAUUGCCUACAGCAAAAUUGGGCCAUCCGACAGCCAAGUCAUCAACCGGUGUAGCAGAGGUUACAGAACAUGGGGUAAGAAGUGACAGUGUGAUUGUCGAAUACACUUCAAGGCCAUCUCCUUUUAUCUCUAAGAGACAAGAAAUCACAGCCUCUGUUGGUCAUGUGGAAGAUGCAAGUGGGGAUUGCAGUAGAGGAGCCAGUAUUUCUAAACUACAGUGCUGUGUGAACAACCCAAAGGUAGAUUAUACUGUUCAACCACAGACUGCUGAAAAAACAGAAACUGUUAGACCGGAGGUGUUGGAGGACAAUGCAACAGCAUCUUCUCCAACUAGCCACAUGGACAAAAGGGAGGUCAAGUCUAGCGUUAACAGACAAUUGGAGUGGAAUAAGGAGUGUCAGAGAGAUUGUUUCUCUACGGAACAGGAUUUUUUAAAUGUGCCCUUCUCUGAAAAUGCUUUCACUUUUAAUUCAAAUGAAGAUACAACCCUAUCUCUUUCAAAGCCAGCACUAACACUAGACCACAAUGCAAACAUUGCUUUGACUCCAGGGCUAUCAUGUGACACCCAGCUGCCACCAACAAGCACCAUCCUUCCUUACUCCCAAUCAGCAUCACUCAUCUUCAGCACCACAGAGAGGUGUCACUCACCCCCCCAAAAAGAUAACAAAACCACAGAAUGUAAAACAGAGUCUAUAUGUGCUUUCAAAGAGGGCAAAUCACCCCUGGUUGAACAAUUGAAAUCCUCAAGCUAUGAUGUGCCCUCUGCAACGUUAAAAUCAGAACCCAAGUCUGUGCAAAAGGAAGAAAUUGCUCCUCCAUCUUCCCAGCAAUGGAGAACCAAGACUCCAAGAAAACAACCUCAUCCCAGCCGGAGUGUUGACAUCCAAGACCCAGACUUCCAGGGAGUGACGUUCAGGAUGGGCACAGAGCUGGACGACAGCAGGGAACAGUGUCGGCUCCUCAUAACUUCAAAUUACAGCAGGGAGCUCUGCAAGAACGCAAGGAAGCCGAGGCUGAGGACACGGACGUCCCAGAAGUCCCUUAAAACCAGCAGCUCAGAUGAGGAGAGUGACUCGACAACCAUUGUUUCCAAGGGUAAAGUCUGUGCAUCAUGCUGUACCAGGAAAACCCCCAUGUGGAGAGAUGCAGAGGAUGGGACCCCACUCUGCAAUGCUUGUGGGAUAAGGUAUAAGAAGUACAGAGUGCGCUGUGUCAACUGCUGGCACAUCCCUAGGAAAGAGGGCAACUCCAACUCAUGCUGCCUUAAGUGUGGAAACUUGGUGAGGCUGACCUCAGCUCAGCGGAAACACACCACCUAGGGAACAUACACAGAGCAAAGGUUUUUAUGUCCAAAUAUGACCGAGCUGUGCACAUACACUUGCACACAGCAGUUCAAGACUAUACUGUAAACUCUCUUCUCCUGUAGUUCUGAAUCCUCUACAGUUCACUACAGAUGUGAAUGCAAAUAUGAAGGAUCAGCACCAGCCUCUUGUAUUUUACUUGACUCUGCGUAUUUAAAUUAAUUUGACGGUUACAGUGUUGUAUCUCAGGCAACCAAACUCAUUCGCUGUAGCUCUGUGGUUGUUCUCAAAGAGCCACGUACAUCACAGGAAAACAUAAAUGGGUAAAAAAACAAAAAAAGCCUAAAUGAUGAGCAAUAAAAGUAAAACUAAAAUCCUCCAGAAAUUCUGUGUUCAACACUUAAAAAUGGAGGAUGUCUGAAAAUGUCCUGCACUAAAGUCUUUACUAAACUGAUCUUAGCAUGUGUGACAGAGUUUAUACAGUUGAUUGGUUUGUUUUUCCUUUACUGAGCACAUAGCACAGAGUUUAUUGCAGAGCUGAGAAUCAUUUGAGACAAAUAAACAGGAUACUGUAAUGCUACUAUAAGACACAUACUACUAGACACAUUCAGUGGAAAGUUUAGUCAUAAUUGUUGACAGUUUCCAUCUAAAUAGCUUCAGUGUUGCCUGUGUAUUAUGGUUAGCAGUACUCAACAGCUGCAAUAUGAAGUUAUUUCUGUACAGGACCAAAAACUGCAGCCUGAGCUCAGUGCUGUGUUCACUGUUAUUAACGGCAAAACAGUUUACUUCUCUUGACCUUGACAGCAACACUGUCUGCCAAGUGCAGUAGACAUAUAUUUAGUAAGUUAAAUUAAGUUUUUUAUUUUUGUUGUGUGUGUCAUCAUUUCUAAUUGUGGUUGUUUAGGGGAGGGGGUUUGUUUUUUGUUUGGUGUUCAUUUGGGUUGUUGCUUGCUAAAUUGGUGCACUUUCCUUAGCAUUGCUGUUUUCUGUGAGGGGGAAAAAGGGGCUUUCUGUGUGAGCUUGCAUGGGCUUUGGUCUGUAUUAAAGUGUGUAUGAAACAUCCAGUUUGUUUCCUCCCUCUGUUUCAUGUGUGUAGCUCCGCCAGUAGGACAAUAAUAAAUACCUUUACUAAGAAAAUGCAACAAUUGCAAAAUAGUAUAAAAUAGUUUCAGAGGGGUGCACAUAUCACAUUAAACUAUAGUGAGAGGUACAGGGAAGAAUUGUUCAUUAAUGAGACUUCCCACAGUUUCCUCAGCCCACCCUGCAGUAUAGGCCUGCGUGCCAAGUGGGUGGCCUCACACGGAUUGAUACAGUGCAGCUAUUAUUUCAAAAUGGAUUACGUCUUCUUCUUAUUUGAAACAGCCAGAGAGAGCGAGGAAGAGAGAGAGAGAGAGAGCUGCCUCUCUCGCUCUCCAUGAGCUAAACCUUUCAGCUAGGAGGAACACCAAAGGAAAUGAGCCUUGUGUGAGCCAAAAACAUUAAAGAAACAAGCUCAAUAAAAUAAAUGUGCUUGUUUCAUUUUUACAUUAAACAUAUUUCAGUGCAGAGAGUUUCACCUGCUGUGGGCAUUUCAACAUCAAUUUUAAAGUGUAAUGAACAGCUGUGUAAAGUAACUGAGUACAUUUACUCACAU